AGCUCUUCAACUCAUAAAUAUGGUAGAUUUGAUAAAACACAUGCUUCAACAACAGAAACUUCAACUGGUACUCAUAAAGAUGGUAGAUUUAACAAAACCCAUCAAUCUUCAAGGGAAACUUCAAGUGGUACCCAUAAAGCUGGUAGAUUUAACAAAACCCAUCAAUCUUCAAGUGAAACUUCAACCGGUACCCAUAAAGCUGGUAGAUUUAACAAAACUCAUCCAUCUUCAAGUGAAACUUCAACAGGUACCCAUAAAGCUGGUAGAUUUGAUAAAACUCAUCAAUCAUCAUCAUCAUCCUCAACUGGUACCCAUAAAGCUGGUAGAUUUGAUAAAACCCAU